AUGGAAGCACAACUGAAAUCUCUCAAGGUCGUCGACCUCAAGGGCAUUCUUUCCAGGUCCUCUGUCCAAGUCCCGGCUAGAGCUACAAAAAGUGAGCUGAUUGCCAAAAUCACUCAGAGUCCAGAGGCCAUCGCCGUCUUCCACCAGCUUCACUCCCAGUCCGGCGACUCUGUACCCCUUGUUCCAGACCCAGAGCCAACAGCCGUCCCCACUUUUCCCACUCCCGACCCUACCACUACCACUACAAAUCCAGCAAGUCCACCUAAAGCGAAACCCGCGUCUUCAGCAGCCGCUCCGCAGCCUACUUCCCAGCCAUCAGCCGAGGGUAAUGAGGACCUUGAGAAACGAAAGGCUCGGGCAGCUCGCUUCAAUAUCCCUCUGGUAGAGAAGCCAGCACCUAAAGCAGCAUCGAAGCCAGCACCCAAGUCAGCCAAGAAGACUACUAUAACUCCUGCCGAGGAUACGGAGAAACUCAAGGCUCGCGCAGAAAGAUUCGGCCAGUCCGUCAAGAAUGACACGACUACUGCCAAAGCUGGUCAGAAGCGCAGCUCGCCCACAGAACCAGCUGAUGCUGAAGAACUCGAGAGAAGAAAGAAGCGCGCCGAGCGUUUUGGUCUUAACGCUAGUUAAACUGUGGAAAGAUGUCCACGUCUGUAAUUUAACGCCCAUCCGCUAGAGGACCCUCGAGACGCUCUGUUAUGACAAGUGUUGAUAAUCCAUCCAUAAUUAUUUGACUG